GAUUUUUUUUAAAAAAGCGCAAGGGGGACAAGGCUUGGGACAGCUGGAAAGCACCGGCCUGGAGAAUCUCUUGGGUGAGAAAAGGUGCUGAGGGAGGAAGCCAAGGCGAGGCUCUAAUCCCCACCUGGGAAGUGCUGGCCGUUUCAAGACUGUGCGACCAGGCUUUGCGAGUCUGAGGGAAAGGCUCCAGCAGCUGAAAACAUGUUUCCUGUUCCACAGCUGGAUCUCAGGAAGGAACAGCACACACCCGUCCAUGCCAUAGUGAAACAGAUUGUGGAAGAAGAUGGUCCGCAUCUAGACUUGGGAAAGAAGGUCAGUGUCCCUCAGGAUCUGAUGGUGGAAGAGCUCUCCCUGCCAAUAAACAGGGGUUCUAGGCUGUACCAGAAGAGGCAGAAAAGGGUGCAGCGAUUUGUGCUGGAACCUCCUGUGGGCUACCAUUUGAUCUCGAGCAGAACAGCCGAGGAAGGAGGAAGCACAGAGGCAGGCUACAACGAUGUGGGAGCAGCAGAAGGACGAAUGUCUGCCCAUAAUGCAGAGUGGAAGGAGAACAGCCAGGAUGGACCUCACUCAGCCGCUUCAGGAGGAGGAGGACCCCCAAAAGUACCAAAGAAAACAAGCAAAGUAUUUAAGAUGAGCAAAGCCCUGAAUCCUAACUCCAUUGCUCCAGGUUAUAAUGGACCUCUAAAGGAAGUGCCUCAUGAGAAGUUCAACAGGACAGCCAUUCCCAAAGGUUACCAGUCUCCUUGGCAGGAGUUCCUUAGCAGCGAAGAUUAUAAGGUGGACAGUGAGAACCGCUUGCCUGAACCUCCCAGGAAAGUCAGCACUUUUGAUGUUAGGAGCUUUAACAGGACUCCGACGCCAUUUGGAGGACCAGUGCUGAACGACGCGUUCCCUAGAUUUGAGAUGGGCGACGAUCAUGCAGAUGCCAUGAACAGCCUGGAGCUUAUGUCAAACAGACCCAGUUUUAAUAGAACACCUCUGGGCUGGAUACAGGUUAUGCCAGAGUCAGAGGAUUUGUAGCUUUUGUCACCUCUCUCUUUUUAAAGUCAACAAGUAGCUAAUAUCUAUGUUUACUAAUAUAUAAUUGCAAGAAUGGAGCCUCUUUAGCCUAAAAUGGAUCACUUUUGCCUAGGUGGAAAUAGUAUUAGUAGAUUCUGCUUGCUGCUUCGUCAUUACGUAAACCAACCCCAAAAACUUCUUUCCAGGUCUUCUGUUGUACUAUAUUUGACAGUAACACUACAUCACACCACCCACUUCUUAAUGAUAAGUCAUUUUAAAGGUCCUUCCAGUGAAGUGAGACUAGCUAUCAAGACCAAAAGGGCACAAAGCCAAAAUGUCAGGUUGAAUGAUUUAACUAAAGAGGAUGCAGCUUGCCAUGUCGGGAAACCAUUUGAGAAGCAUAAAGCUAUUGCAAGUUUUUACUGGAAAGAAAAAACAAAUGAAGCUUGGACAUCUAGUUUAUGUUAAGAUUUGCCCAGAAUCUUCUUAGAGGUAUGUCAUAGUAACAUGCUAUACAAGCUACUAGUGAAGAAACCUUUUUUAUUUUAUUAUCUACAAAAAAGAAAUGAAAGCCAUCUUACAACUCUAUUAUCUCUUGUCCUGCAAUCUGCUUUCAGAAAUGUCACUUUGGCAUUCUAGACCCAACUGAAGGUCCAGCUUUUGAACUGAGACAGAUAAGUCCUGUUUUUCAGGCCCACGGCAUACAAUUAAAGAUGGGAGGCAGUAACACCUGUUUUGGUGUGGAAUCUUAACACAUCUCUAUGGUGCUAAAGAAACUGGUGAACUGUACCAGGAGGGUCAACCCUCGCUAUUAAACAUUUGUUAGAUAACAUGUAGGAUAUGUAAAGAAACUGGGGAACCCAUUACUGUAAAAUUGAUUCCACCCCCCCACCCCCCGAAAUUAAAACUUUAGGACUGAAAGUUACUGGGAAAUGGAUUCAGGCGCAGAAAGAGGUGAAGCCAGGCAGCAAGAGUCUCCACUUGGGACUCACUCUCAUGUUCACAUGCUCUAGGAUUGCAACUUGCUCAAAAACUAGAAAUAACAGAGGAAGAUGACUUUCCAUGUAAUCAUCAUGUGACUGGAACAGUUCCUCUGCAAGCCCCAGAAUGAUCGAGAGUGGACCAUUUGUCUGACCAAAGCGUCCUGGCGUGUACUUUGUCCCUGAAAUCCUGUUGCUUAGCGUAGGAAGAUGCAACCAGAAUUAGGCCCACUGAAUCGAUAGAAUGUAUGGGAUUAACUCAGCAAAUCUCCAUUGAUUAAAUGAGCCUAGACUUAGUAUCCUAAGCAACAGGAUGUCAGCCCAUAUGUACAUGUAGAUAUGACCUCAAGCAGAUCAACAAAAACUGCACAUUUCCCAGAAGCUGGAAGAAUACACACCAGAAAUAAGAUCAAAUCUCAUUGAAACAUCUAUUUUCACUGACUGAUAAUUUGUGUCAUUUAUUUUUUGGCUUUAUUCUGUCUAGAAAAAAACAGACGGUAGAUUUCAGGAUCAUUUAAUUUAUCAGUAUUUAUGUGCUUAAGCUACAGUUUCUGACUUAGAACUUUAUGACUAAAAGACGGCAAUCACUGUAACAGAUGGUUAUCAAAGGGACUCCAUAAAAGCAUAUUCAAGAGUCAAUUCCCAUCAAGAGAGCACUCAACCCAAAACA